UUAUCCCCACCCAGCCACACACAUCUACCCAUCGCGUCCAUUUCCCACACUCCAUCUCUCCAAAUCGACCUCCCACGCACGCGCGCGCGCGCCUCCCCUGACCCCGCAGAGCUCCCCAGCCCAACCCGCCGCAGCAGCGGCACGCGAGCGAUCGGCCGCCAUGAGCGGCGGCGGCGCCGGCGACACGCUGGACAAGCUGGUGGUGUUCCUGGCGAAGCGCGACGGCGUCGACAAGCUGGUGAAGACGUACCAGUACGUGGCGAAGCUGGCGCACUGGGCGGCGGAGACGUCGCACCCGGGGCUGGCGGGGCGCGCCAAGAGCUGGGAGACGGCGGCCGGGCUGAGCCGCAAGGUGUUCCGGUCGGGCCGGUCACUGACGGGCUUCAACGCGCUGCGGCGGUCCCCGGGGGAGUUCGGCGCGCUGGCCGUGCUGGCCAACGCCGGCGAGAUGGUCUACUUCUUCUUCGACCACUUCACGUGGCUGUCGCGCGUGGGCGUGCUGGAGCCCUGGCUGGCGCGCCGCGCGAGCUUCGUGUCGGCGUUCGGCGAGUGCGUCGGCUACGUCUUCUUCAUCGCCAUGGACUUCAUCAUGAUCAGGCGCGGGAUCAGGCGGGAGAGGGCGCUGCUGCGCGGCGGCGAGGGGAAGGAGGAGGAGAGGGAGGGCGAGGUGCGGAGGAUCCGGGCGGACCGGGUGAUGCGGCUCAUGGGGACGGCGGCCAACCUGGCGGACCUGGUCAUCGCCGUCGCGGACAUCGAGCCCAACCCGUUCUGCAACCACGCCGUCACGCUGGGGAUCAGCGGCCUCGUCUCCGCCUGGGCUGGGUGGUAUAGGAACUGGCCGUCGUGAGCUGAACUGGGUCGGAUCGGAUAGGCAUUUCGACCGGCAAGAUGUAUGUAAAAAAUGUACGCUUACCGCGUUAAUUAUUUUCAACUAUUACGAGACUGUAUAUGGCAGAGUUCUGGCAACACA